AUGGUCCUUCGUGCUAUAAAAGGAAGGAAUAUUUGUCAAAAUGUUCAUUUGGCCACAAUGCUCGCGUUUCUUCUACUUCUUCCAUUGACAGUUGUUGGUCGUGACCCUGAUGGUGCGAAAAGAUCCGGCGAAGUUCUCAUAGUGCAACUUGAGCAGAGCAUCAACGGAGCCGAAAAGACGCUCGACUUCUCACCAGUCGUCGACAAAUUCCAUGAGGACUUCCGAAUUCAGGCGUGCAGUGUGCUCAUCGAUUUUCGCUAUUCGAUGUCAUUCCUCGCGCAGAUGAUCCUUGACAAUCGCGAAGCGGGCAACCUAAUAGACAUCCGCAUUAAAGAAGGCGAUUUCCGCGGAAACGAGCUCUCGCUUAUCGUUCAUGUCAAAGGAUUCGUGUUCGAUGACGACAUGAUCUUCGAUUUUGUUCCGGUGAACGGCGCUUAUAAGCUCAUCUACGUGACAAUUCUCACAUGUGAACCAUAA